AUGCCUGCUGUCAAGCCGCCUUUCCGCCUUCCUCGCAUUCCUCUAGCUAGAGCUACUCCAUUCCUCCUCCGCUCUCUUCCUCAGCGCACUCCCUUCGUCGCUACUCCUCGAACGUUUUCUACUACUCCCGUGCCCCGCCUUUCCCGAACUACUCCAAAAAUGGGUGGCAAGAUUCAAGAGAUCAAGACCGCCGAUGAGUGGCAGACCCUGGUCAUCGACUCCAAGGACCCCAUUGUCGUCGACUUCCACGCCACCUGGUGCGGGCCUUGCAAGGCCAUUGCCCCCGCCGUCGAGAAGCUGAGCGAAGCCAACCCCAACGUCAAGUUCUACAAGGUCGACGUUGACGAGCUGCAGGAGGUUGCCGCCAACAACGGCGUCUCUGCCAUGCCCACCUUCCUGUUCUUCAAGGACGGCGAGAAGCUCGCUGACAAGACCGUCCGUGGCGCCAACCCUCCUGCUAUUAACGCCGCCGUCCAAGCUCUUGCCGCAUAG